UGCCACUCACCAACAACAAUCUUUGCCAUCAAAGUACAUAUCCUCUGCAGCAUCUUAGAUAUAGCCCAUUGUUUUCUUUUUCUUUCUUUGUGAAAAAGCCCAUAAUCAGAGAGUGAAAAUGGAGGAACCAAAGAGAGGAGAAUCAGUAGGUGUUGAGGAUGAGAAAUGGGUUAAUGAUUCUUCCUUGGAUCAUAAAGGAAGGGUUCCUCUCCGAUCCAACACCGGUGUUUGGAAAGCUUCACUCUUCAUUAUCGCAAUCGAGUUCAGUGAAAGGUUGAGUUACUUUGGAAUAGCAACAAGUUUGAUCAUAUACCUCACCAAGGUGAUCCAUCAGGACCUCAAAACAGCUGCAAAGAGUUGCAAUUACUGGUCUGGUGUUACCACUAUGAUGCCUCUAUUGGGAGGCUUCUUAGCCGAUGCUUAUCUGGGCCGAUUCACUACCAUCCUUGCUUCCUCAGUUGUCUAUCUUCUGGGUUUGAUUCUCUUGGCCAUGUCUACAAUUGUUCCAAGCCUAAAGCCAUGUGGUACUGGCAUUUGUCAUGAACCAAGAAAAAUCCAUGAAGUGGUCUUCUUCCUCUCCAUCUACUUGAUCUCCAUAGGCACAGGAGGUCACAAACCAGCUCUAGAGAGCUUUGGAGCUGAUCAAUUCGACGAUGAUCACCCUGAAGAAAGAAAAAAGAAGAUGUCAUUCUUCAACUGGUGGAACUUUGGCCUUUGCUCUGGACUUUUAAUUGGUGUCACAGUGGUUGUUUAUGUCCAAGACCAUGUGAGUUGGGCUGUUGCUGAUAUCAUCUUGACUGCUGUGAUGGUUGCUAGUAUUGUCAUCUUUAUUGUGGGAAGGCCGGUUUAUCGAUACAGGAAGCCAACAGGGAGUCCAUUGACACCAAUGUUGCAGGUUCUUGUUGCAGCCAUUAAGAAGAGAAAUCUUCCUUAUCCUUCAAGUCCUCCAACUGAAUUGUAUGAAGUUCCUAAGUCACAGAAGACUCAGGGUAGGCUUCUGUGCCAUACCAGCAAGCUCAAAUUUCUUGACAAGGCCGCAAUCCUGGAAAACAAACAGAGUCCAGCAGAUCAGCAUCAACAAAAUCCAUGGAGACUCACAACAGUUACCCGAGUGGAAGAAAUGAAACUACUCCUCAACAUGAUUCCCAUCUGGCUAGCCGCCUUACCAUUCGGUAUCUGCGUAGCACAAGCCUCAACUUUCUUCAUCAAACAAGGCACAACCCUAAACCGCAAUAUCAGCAACGAUUUCCUAACCCCCCCAGCCUCAAUCUAUGCCAUUGCCGCCAUUGGAAUGAUCGUCUCUGUUACCUUUUACGACAAAAUCCUCAUCCCUGUGCUCAGAAAGGUGACCGGUAAUGAAAGAGGCAUCAAAAUCCUCCAGAGAAUCGGCAUUGGAAUGGUCUUUUCAGUUUUGACAAUGGUUGUCGCGGCUUUAGUCGAAAGAAAGAGGCUGAGCCUAGUGGAGAAGGAUCCAGAGAAGGGUUCGAUGUCAAUGAGUGUGUUCUGGUUAGCUCCUCAGUUUCUCAUCAUUGGGUUCGGAGAUGGGUUCACUCUGGUUGGCUUGCAAGAGUAUUUUUACGACCAAGUCCCUGACUCGAUGAGAAGUUUAGGGAUUGCGUUUUACCUUAGUGUGAUCGGUGCAGGGAGCUUUCUUAGCAGUAUGUUGAUUACCGCAGUGGAUCAUAUUACGCAGAAGAGUGGGAAGAGUUGGUUCGGGAAGGAUUUGAAUAGUAGUCGUUUGGAUAAGUUUUACUGGCUUUUAGCCGCCGUUGCUGCUGCGAAUUUGUGUGUUUACGUGCCGUUGGCGAGGCAGUAUUCAUAUAAAAAUGUGCAGAGAAAGGCCGCUGUUGUUGUGGCUGAUUGCUAUGAAGGUGAUAAUGUAGGGACAACAAUGGCUUAAUGUAUACUAUGUUACUAUGUAGUACUAUAGGUUAAGGAGGGUGUGUCCGCGUGAUAUUUUAUAACAUUAUGAUUGGUGAAAAAAGUGGGUAAUGAAGUAUUGUGUUAAAUGAUUGAGAAAUAUAAGAGGUAUAUUGAAUGCUAAUUGGUUAAGGAAUACAGA